AUGAUGAUCUACAUCAACUCCUUCGGUCGGGAAAGUCUCAGCCUUAGCGAACUCGAGUCGAUAAACCUCGUCCUCAUCUCCAACGCAGUAGCGAUCUUGGCCCGUCCGAUCUUCGGGUUCCUAGCUGACCGUUACGUGGGUGCCAUGAACUCUUGGAGCGUCAACUCUAUCGGUCUCGGCAUUCCGGCCUUUGGCUGGAUAGGCGUUAAGACGCGGGCGGGUCUAUACGCGUACAGUGUCGUGAUGGGCUUCACCAACGGAGCUGCGCAAGGUGUUUUCCCGGGCGCCUCGAGCAGUUUGGUAAACGAUAUCUCGAAGAUGGGUAGCUGGGUUGGUAUGGCGUACGCGUUGGUUGGGCUCGGGACACUGGCAGGCUCCCCGGCUCUGGGAGCUAUCAUAGAUGCCAGUGGAGGGAAAUACCUGUGGGGUCAGGUCUGGGCUGGGGUCGUCGUCAUCGUCGGCGCCCUGUUGAUUCUCACGACUUCAUGGUUGGUGGCUGUAAAGGGCAAGAGGGGGCUGUGGGCAAAGGCGUGA